UUCCUUCCUUGUUAGUGCAUGGUUAUGUCUAAAGGAUAUUCAUUGUACACACUAGUUGUUACAUUUUAAAUCUAGGUAAAGGGGCAUAACGAACGACUGAACAUGGAUUUACUCGGAUGCUUACACCCAAACAUUAUUCGUUUCUCCAUUCUAUGUUACACCGUUUGUUCGGCAACAAUAAUCAUUCCCGGGGAUGGUACUUUGAUUUUAGAAGGAGAUACGCCACUAAAACUUACAUGUGUGAACGAUUUGCAAACCGCUGUGGACUUUCGUUUCAAUUCGAAGUUGAUUGGUACAUGUUACAAAGUAUUUGGUUGCAACAGCAAGGAUCCUAACUUUGCUAUUUCUGGAAAUAGGUCAUCUGCACCAUAUACAUACAAUUUACAUACAGUUAGAAAUUUUAACGUGGCGCAUUGUGGCACAUACCGAUGCAGCGACAUUGACAACGAAAUACACGACUCAAUUAUUGUUUCAUUCAAAGGAUUCGACAAUAAUACAUUCACAACUGACGAAAAGAAUGCAUCGUUGUCCAUUACAACAAGUUGUACCUUUCACGCAGCGUUGCAGGAUAUGACAAUUUCUUGGUUUUACUUCGAUAAUUCAUCUUUACGGUACAUGGAUCUUUCCACUGUGGCCGAGUUUAGCACAACUAAUGUAUGUCCUGACUCCCGGUGUGACUCUUCUCUGGCCGAAAACUUCACAUUUGGAUUAAAUUUCAUAGAAAGACCAGAACGAUUCCGUUUGGCCCUUAUUGAAAUUAAGGUUGUGUAUUCACAAUAUGUAUACAAACCGUUGGUGUGGCGAUCUUCAAAGAUGUACCCCGUUAAAGAUGGCUUUUCGGAAAAUGCACAAACUCAAGGAUAUGUAGAGCGGUCUAUCCUUGUCGUAGGCAUUACAUUAGCUGGUGCCUGUCUCCUUGUAGUAAUAUGCCUUUGUAAAAGAAAAGGAUGGAAAAUGGAAAAUUGUUUCAUUUCUGAGGGAAGAACAAACAGACAAGACGGUAUUAGCAUUGAGAACAAUUCAUGUGUAAACUCACCAUUAACAAAUAAUGAUGAGGAGGAACAUUCAACAUCCAAUACCAAUUCGCAAACCAGAGAGGAACAUCAAACAAAUGUUCAACAAACGAGUGAGGACAUUCCAACAGCUCUAAUUCAUCCGCAUACGAUAUAUGAAAAUCAAAAAGACCUGAGUAUCCCUCAAACCAAUAAAGGAAAUCAAUUAGACUCAAAUCAACCGAAAGAGAGUGAAGAAGAUCCAGUAUGCCAACAUGUUCCUGAAUCAAGCCAAGAAUAUCAAAUACACUCAAAGCACCCUCAAAUCGGCGAGGAAAUUCAAACUGUUCAAACUCACCCGCUACCGAGCGAUGAAAUUCAAACAGACCCGACUAUCCCUCAAACUAUUAAAGGAAAACAAUUAGACUCAGAUCAACCGAAAGAGAGUGAAGAAGAUCCAGCAUACCAACAUGUUCCUGAAUCAAGCCAAGAAUAUCAAAUAGACUCAAAGCACCCUCAAAUCGGCGAGGAAAUUCAAACUGUUCAAACUCACACGCUACCGAGCGAUGAAAUUCAAACAGACCCGACUAUCCCUCAAACUAUUAAAGGAAAUCAAUUAGACUCAGAUCAACAGAAAGAGAGUGAAGAAGAUCCAGCAUACCAAAUUGUUCCUUAAUUAAACCAAGAAAAUCAAAUAGACUAAAAGCACCCAUAAAUCGGCGGGGAGAAUCUAAUAUCCGUAAAUCAAAUAUCCGUAAAGCUGACACAAACGAUUGAGGAAAACCAAACAGUUCUCACUCACUCGCUAUCGAGAGAUGAAAUUCUCCCGCGCUCGUGAGAAAAAUCAAACAUACCUGUGUUGCUGUUUAGAUUUAAACUCAUUAUUUGUUGUUUUUUAUUUUAAGGGCGGUGAUAUAAAAAGUCACCCAGUUAUUUUUUUACAAUGCAUUUUGUUGAAUAUAUCAUAACCUGUAUAUGUAUAGAAAAUUAUGAACUUCAUUGUUUAAAUGUCUAGUUUAACUUUAAGGUCGCCUAGAUUCAUUAAUGUAAAUUAUGUUUUUCCCUAUGAUAGUAUUUAGAAUACAUUAAUCUACAUUUCUUUAAAAUAUUUAAAAUGUUCCAUUUAUUCCAAAUUUUGAAGAUGUAGAAUAAACAACAUUCUUAUAGAGUUUGAGAGAACGUAAUUUCGUAGACUGUUUGACGCAUUCAUAUUUGGUAUAUAAGAGCAAACUUUGAUGAUCUUGGAAGGAUAUUUCUAAAUACAUUUUACCAGUGCUAAAACCUUUCUAAUUAAUCUGAGAAGAUAAACUUUCAACCUUUUGUGGGAAUUAUUCCCAUGUAUAGUUAUAUAGGUCUAUAUGUGUUGUUGGAUGUAAUUAGUACUCAUAUAGUGCGUUCAUUAUUCAAUGUGGUUUAAAUUCUGUGAGCUUUAAAAAUACCAGGAUCAGUGAAGAUAUUUGUACUUUGGGCAUUUUGGUUUAAUCUAGGUAUGUAUAUUUUAGCAUUUCUUAUUUGAAAAUUAUUUUUUAAAACUAUCUUGAAGAGAAACUUGAUCACCUUUAACCAUCUCACAAAGAGAUGGAAAAGAACACUUGAUAUUUAAUGAUGAGCACUUAUUUCUCAAUAUUCCAACAAGAACUGAUAAAAUUAUCAUAGUGUCAUUGUGGAGGUCAUUAAACCAGUUAAACAUCAUCCAUACAGUUUGACACCUUUUAAAAUCAAAACGUUACAGACAAAAGAAAAAAAUAGUUCGAUAAUGAUAUGUUCCCAACAAAUUGGGCGUAAUGAAUUAUAGUUCCAAUUUUGAAGAGGCAGCCGUCAUCGAAUGUGAAUAAUUACAAGGGUAUAACGCUUAUUAGUUGUCUAGGUGAAUUAUUUACGGGCAUUGUUAAUGAACGUUUGAAAAUGUGGUCGCUUAAGUACGAUAAAUUGACGGAUGUGCAGUUUGGGUUUAAAGCCUGUCACAGUACGACGGAUGCGAUAUUCAUCCUACACAACAUUGUUAAAAUGUACUUAAAUGAAAAUAAGAGAGUAUACCCUGCAUAUAUUGACUAUUCUUAAUGUUAUGAUUUGAUCAAUCGUCAUGCUCUGUGAUUCAAGCUUAUGAACGAGGGCAUUGUUGGAAAAUUAUCAAACAUUGUCCGUUCUAUGAAUAGCAACGUCAAGUCGUGUGUUAGACAUAUGAUAACGCUUUCGGAUUUCUUUAAAAGCAACGUGUGUCUAUUUCAAGUGGAAAUAACCUCUCCGAUAUUAUUUUCCCUAUUCGUCAAUGACCUUUAACACAAUUUGCAUGAAAACAUACCUAACGGAUUAACUCUUGACCAAUUGUCACACCUCGACCAGCUCGAUAGUUACUGUAAAAAAUGAAAAUUAAAAGUUAAGAUUGAAAAGAGCAAAAUAAUGAUAUCUAGAAAAGGUGGACAACAAACUGGACGAGAAGCAUUCAUUUUUAUUUGCAGCAAGAUUGAAGUAGUAGAAAAGUUUAACUAUUAACUAUUUGUUAUGACAUCGAGAGGGUCAUCUAGAAAGGAAUUGAGAACUUGGCCAGUAAAUGACUCAAAUCCAUGUGUUCAUUAAAUUCAGUUAUUAAAGACAUGUGUAAUCCAGUGCACAUGACGUUUGAUCUAUUCGAUACAUAUGUAGCAUCAGGGCUUAACUAUGAACUUUGGGAGUUCUCCAGUGCUAAUAACAUCGAGAGGAUACAUAAAAAGUUUUUGAAGCAGACAUUUCUUGUUUAAAUGACCACUAGUAGUAAUGCUUUGUAUGGAGAAGGUGGCAUGUUGCCCUUGAUAAUAAGCAGAAAGAUAGGCAUUAAAAAAUAUUGGUUUAAGCUCAUGACUUAAAAACAAUUUUAUCACCCAGUGGAAGGAAACCGUUAGAACGUCAACCGGUUUAACACUAUUUCAUGAACUGAAAUCUAGCAUUGAAAUAAGUGAUUAUUUGAUUGUAUUAGAUAACUUUAAACACAGGCAAGCUAUCUCGAAAAUAAGGUUAUCCUCACAUAAACUAAACAUCGAGAGAGGUAGGUAUUCAGGUGUAGCGAGACAAGAAUGAAAAUGCGAACUUUGCAAUUUGAAUGAGGUAGAGGACGAAUAUCAUUUUAAGAUUGUAUGUAAUGUAUAUAGUGACUUAAGGAGAGAGUAUAUGCCUUCUUAUUAUAUAAACAUGCCUUGUAUGUUCAAAUUUAUUCAACGUUUCAAUGUCAGAAAUUAACUAUCAUCAAAGCUUCUAAACAAAGAGACGAUAUUAUCAAUAUUGUACAGUAGAAUAUAUUGAGUAAUUAAUUUCCUUCUCCAGUGUAGUUUAUUACGUGUUACACAUAAGGAAGUUAAUUAGUGUU